AUGGUGCUUCAAAGAGUUAGGUUUAUAAACAAAGGAGGUCAUCAAUUUGAAGAACAUAGCAACCUCAACAUUUACGUUCAGGCUAAUUUUGUGACGGCUGAUUCAAAGGUUGUUGACAACUGUUUCUCUGCCGUGGCCAUUGGUGAGGUUGAUUUGAACAAGUGUGAGCCAUGGAAUUUGCCUGGAUUGGCUAAAAUGGGUGAAACUGAGUGGUAUUAUUUCUGUGUGAGGGACAAAAAAUACCCAACUGGUUUAAGGACUAACAGGGCUACUGAUGCUGGUUAUUGGAAAGCCACAGGCAAAGACAAGGAGAUAAUAACCGAAAAUGCUCUCAUUGGGAUGAAGAAAACUUUAGUUUUCUACAUGGGAAGAGCUCCAAGAGGUGAAAAGACAAACUGGAUCAUGCAUGAAUAUAGGUUGGAAGGGAAACAUAAUCAACACAAAUCUGGAAAGAGUGAGUGGGUGCUCUGCAGAGUCUUUGAGAAGAAGAGUCCUUGUAGAAAGAAAAUGCCUGUUCCAGAAUGUGGGAGGUUCAAUGCCUUCGAAAAGGAAUCUUCACCACCUUCUUCUCUAUUGCCUCCAUUGAUGGAUUCUUCUCCAUACAACAGUGAAACAAGAACCACUGCUGGUGAGUUGUCUCAGGUGACCAGCUGCGGUCCAAAUCAAACUGUGGAUCAGAACACACAUGAUGACAUUGUUGAUAGUUUGGAAACUCCUGUUUUGGACUUUUCAUCUUCUGCAACACCUGUUGAUGCUCCCCCUUCUGGCAAAGCAACCCUUUCAGUCGCAAGCCAAUCAACACAUAUUGCACACCAAAUUGGGAAUUCACAGCACCCAGAUAAUUGUUAUGUGCUUCAAGAACAAUCCAUAAGGAUGCUGAUGGAAAAUCAUGGAUCAAGCGCAAGGCAAAUUCAGAAAGCAGAGUUUCCUGAGGGGAGAGACUUUGAUGCUGAUAUCUCAUCUGUGAUAUACAGCAGUGACAUGAUGCAGAGAAUGUUUGGGAAUCAAGAACAUUCAUCAGCUUCUGCAGGACAUGUGGGCACUGAUUGCCUAUGGAAUUACUGA